UCUCGCAACGGGAAGAGGCUCUACCUGACAUCUGAGCCCCACAUCAAGCACUCGCUGCCUACCUCCACUCCUCUCCCCAUGGAUUUCUCCGCCGGCGGCAGCAGCGGCGAGCCGGCCCGGUGGCUGGAGAUCGCCGGGAAGCUCCUCGCCGCGCGGGACCUGGUCGGCUGCAAGCGCCUGGCGGAGCGCGCGGUGGAGGCGGACCCGAACCUCCCCGGUGCCGACGAGCUCUUAGCCGUCGCCGACGUCCUCCUCGCCUCCCAGCGCCAGCUCCCCUCCGGCCGCCCCGAUCCGGUCGCCGUGCUCCAGCUCCAGCCCGGCGCCGACCCCGCCGCGGUCAAGCGCGCCUUCGGCCGCCUCUCCCAGCUCGUGUCCGCCCCGCGGAACCCCCGUCCCGCUGCGGACACCGCUCUCCACUUCGUCCAGGAAGCCUUCGCUGAUCUCUCCAAGAACGCCUCCAGCGAUGCGGCUCCUGCUGCUGCUUCUACUCCUGCUUCAGGGGGUGCCUCGGCGGCCGCGGCCGACGCCAAUGCGUUCUGGACGUCGUGCCCCUACUGCUGCCACGUCUACCAGUACCAGCGCGCACUGGUGGGGCGCGCGCUCAGGUGCCAGAGCGCCGGGUGCCGGCGCGCGUUCGUGGCCACCGAGAUCCCGACCGUGCCGCCUAUUGUGCCGGGCACCGACAUGUACUACUGCGCGUGGGGGUUUUCCCCCAUGGGCUUUCCAAAGGCAGCUGAUUUGAGCACCAACUGGAAGCCAUUUUGCCCCAUGUUUCCCGGGAAUUUUCAAGCUCCACCGCAGUCAGCAUCUGCAGGGACUGCCAAUGUUGAUCCCAUGAAUGUUCAAACUCCACUGCAGCCAGCAUCUGCAGGGACUGCCAAUAUUGAUCCCAGGAAUUUUCAAUCUCCGCUGAAAAUAGCAACUGCUGGGACUGCCAAUGUUGAUUCCAGGAAUUUUCAAUCUAUGCCACAGCCAGCAUCUGCAGGGACUGCCAAUAUUGAUCCCAGGAAUUUUCGAUCUCCGCUGCAGACAGCAACUGCUGGGACUGCCAAUGUUGAUUCCAGGAAUUUUCAAUCUACGCCACAGCCAGCAUCUGCAGGGACUGCCAAUAUUGAUGUACAAAAUGUUGAGAAUAAUGGCAUGCCUAUUGAUGCCAAUGCAACACCAGCAAAUGUGCAGCCAGGAAAUAAGAGUGGUGUCCGUGGCAGUCCAGCAGGGCCAUCUAGAGGUAGGAUGAAGAAGACAACAGCCCGCAAGAAGGUUGGUGCCGUGCUUAAGAAGCACGCUUCCAGUGGGUUGGAAAGUGGCAUUGAGCCAUCUAUGCUUGGGUCGGAUUCAUGGAAUGGGAAUGCAGGUAGUGGCAGUGCGCAGACAGUGGGUACUAGAGAGAUCAACAUAAAUGAGGUGGCAAAGCCAACUGAUGGCACCACAAUGCUGAAUUUUGGUGGGGAUGAGGACAUUGGGUUUGAUUUGGAUGUUGAUGCGACGGAUGCCAUAUUGGGAAAUUUACAGCACCUGCCAUUCUUGAGGGAGGAUGACAGUACUAGAAGGAUGUUUUAGUUGUGGAUGUGCUCAGUGUAGGUAUUCCGUAGAUGUAGUGUAUAUUGUGCUGUUGAAGGAAAUCCUACAUAGUCCGAUCCUUCAAUGCUGCCCUUGCUGUCAUUCCAACUAUUUCCUAUAUUUAUUCUGUGUUCCGUAGUUAUCUACCCUGGUUCAGCUAGCUGGUGAUCACUUGUAGCAUCUAGAUCAGUACUCUUUACAAAUCUAUAGUCUAGGUUAUCCCAAAUUAGUUGGGGGAUGUGUUAUAUUUGCCACCUGCAGAUUGACUUAAGGAUGUAACUGGUUGAGCAAAUAAUGCUUUCUGCAUGGUUGAUUGGUGAGGCAAUUAAGUUAAGGGUUUAUAAUGCAACAGAGGCCACAUGGAGUCAUGGAGUGCUGGCAGAUAAAUGCUGAUGAAAAUAAUAUCUCGAUCAGAAAAGUUAUCUGCGGUCAGUUGAUUGCCUUCACCAGUCACCAAAGGAGCUGAAUAACACAAGUGGCAUGGUUCAGUUUAGGGCACGUCAGUGGCUUGUAACCUAUGAUUCUUUCUUUGAUCUUUUGCCAAGCUUGCCUGAAAUAACGGGAGUUACCUGUUGGCUGCGGCGGAGUGGCAGGUUGGGGGAAGUAGGAGGAAAGAAAGCUGAUGUUUGCCUAUUUUACCUUGAUCCAGCGUCACAUGAAUCGUGUGGUUUUAGCAUCUAAAUAACUCGAAUUUUCAUGAGCUUUAUUCCUAUUUAUCGAGAGAUUAUUAGUACCAAUUUUAGUUGACUAUGUGUGCUUCAUAUCUUGUAUUAUUUUCACUUCGCCGUUUGCACCAGGAGUGAGAAAAAAAUGAUGGAAAUUUGAUCAUGCCUUCUUCCUUUU